GUGGAGACUCCGGGAGAACUUCCUGCACUGUACACCUACACAAGUACAGAGUAAAGCCGUGGAAAACACAACACAAGCGCUGAACUGCUGGACUGUGGGAGACGGAUGGAUUUAUUUUUUGAGGUGGUAGUGGAGUUUGAGUAUGAUGCCGUACACGAGGAUGAGUUGACCCUUAGACUAGGAGACGUCAUCAAGAAUGUGCGGCGAAUACCAGAAGAAGGAUGGAUGGAGGGUGACCUUAAUGGACGGAGAGGCCUUUUCCCAGACAACUUUGUCAAGGAAUUAAAAAAAGAAACCAAAGAGGAAGUGAAAGAAGUAAAGGAGAUGAAGGAGGUGAAGGAGGGCUCACUUCCACUGCGAAGGUCUGCAGGAAACGUGGCCAGUCUGGUGCAGAGGAUCAGCACCUACGGCAUUCCAACAGGAGGCAUAGGUCUUCAGCCUCGACCCUCCAAAAAAAAACAUAAUAAGCGUCAGUGCAAAGCCUUGUUUGAGUACCUACCACAGAACGAGGACGAGCUCGAGCUGAAGGUGGGCGACAUCAUUGAGAUCUCAGAAGAGGUAGAGGACGGCUGGUGGAGUGGAAUCAUGAAUGGAAAGUCUGGUCUCUUCCCAUCCAACUUUGUGAAAGAAAUUGAGACGAAUGAGGAGGGAGAGAGCAAUGAUGUGACUGAUGAGACAGAUGACGUCACCAGUCCAGUCUCCCCGCACCCUGGAAAUGGAGUCAUCGCACAGCCUAAAAAAGUGAAAGGAGUCGGAUUUGGCAACAUUUUCCGGGAAGGCUCGGUGAAGCUCAAACCGCGCCUGUCAUCUGAUUCUGAAGAGAAAAAACCAAUCCCAUCGUUACCAUCUGCUGCUAAACGUGACCAUUUAGGCACACCAAAUGCUCAGAAAGUAGAGAAAGAUGGAGAGAGCAAUGGUAAAGAAUACUGCAAGGCCACCUUUAAUUAUGAGGCUACCAAUCAGGACGAGCUCGACUUUAAGGAGGGAGACAUCAUUCAUUUACUGAGCAAGGACACGGGGGAGCCGGGUUGGUGGAGAGGAGAGUUGAAUGGCAAAAAUGGAGUUUUUCCUGACAACUUUGUGAUGCUGAUUUCAGUGUCAGAAAAAGAGGUGUUUUUAUCCAGAGGCUCCAUUAAGCAGUCUUCUAAGCAAGAUACAGAAGAGAAGCCAAAGAAGCCACCGCCACCAUCUAAAUCCACAGCACUGAAACCCGAGGUCCCGAGUGCUGACAAGAAGCCCACACCAGUACGACCUGAGGAUAAAGUUGACAGGUCUGUUCCAGACAAACCCUUCAAGCCAGCUGCACCCAUUGUUCCCCCGAAAAAACCCGUACCUCCAGGAAAAGGACUGCUCCGUCCAGUGUCUCUGCAGCCGAAACGACCCGAAAAACCUCUCGUUCCUUCUACAGUAGCUAAACAUAAUGGAGAGGUGUCCCAAACCAGGCCAAAGUCAGACAUCAAUAUUGAGCCAUCACUACCCAGCAAACCAAAAACGCAGUCAGCAGAGAGUUUGGACAGAAGCACCAACUUGGAUCUCAUAAGUUUUGAUGAUGUUUCCUGUUCUACGGAAAAGUUGUCACACCCAACUGUCAACAGACCAAAGAUGCCUGGCAGACGACUGCCAGCCCAGUUUGCUGGAGGCCCUUCUCCCAACAAAGAAUCCAGUGAGAAAACAUCAAAAUCAGAUGAGGAGGAUGCUCCAAGACCAAAGUCCUCCGAGAUCCGGAAGACACCCUACUUAACACCAUCAUCAUCCAUUGUGCAUAAAACACCCACUCCCGAACCCAAAGUGAAAGCUGAGGUAGAGGAGGAAAAAGCCGGAGAGCUGGAGGAACUGAGGGUUCAGAUAAAGGAGCUGUUGCUCUCUGUAGAAUUGCUGAGGACACAGCAAACGAGAGAAAUCGCAGACUUGAGAAGUGAGCUUGAAGAAGAGCAGAUGAAACGAGUGGCACUUCAGCUGGAGAUAGAUAAAUUAAAAAAGCAAAUACACUCAACGUGAGAUGGGACUACUGGCUCUACUCGCUGAUCUAACUACUCCUACAAGCAGCAGAUACAACAUUCCCAAAUGCUUUGAGUCACUGACUAUCCCUAAAAUUGUAAGAUUGACAUUUGCACAUAAUGAGGAUUGUAAGGUAUAGAGCGGUAUAAUUAAGACCAAUGUAUAUGUUUAUCUCAAUAUUUCUCUUUGUUUGCCAGCAAUUAUCGAGGCCUUAUUGUGUACUACUGUGCUGGAUAUGCAAUCUCCACCUACUUGUGGGCAAAUUUGCAAUGUAAUACUACUGAAGCUGUAUAAAGUCAUAGAGGGAUUUCAUUUGUUUUCUUAUAUUGCUUUAGUUUUCGGGGUUUUUCUUCUUUUAAUUCAUUGGGGAGGAUCUAAUAAUGCAGCAAUAAUCCAUCCAUAUUAGCCUCUUUAGAUAGACUAAGGAAUAUAUAGAUAUAAAUAGACUUUUCUGCUGGUUAUCAUGUAUUCUGUUGCUUUGUCAAAAGGGAGAGUCUUGUCUUUAAUGGUUUUCUAACAUUCCCAUCCAGGGUGACACUUUUGUGCCUGUUUUACAAGUGUUAAUACUGGGAGAUAUUGUUUAUAUGCUUAGAUUUGCAGCAAGAUAUAUUUUUUUCUAUAUUGUCUAAUUGUUGAUAAGUAUGAAAAACUAUAAAUUCUGUAUCUCAGUAAGGUUUGAACGACCCAAAAUGCUUAAAUCAACACAGUGCUGUAGAUGUAUUUGCCUUCUUUUGAGUUCUCUUGUUUUUGCAGACUUAAUACACUUAGUGGUUUCUUACUGUCACACAAGAACAUGAGGAAUCAGAAAUCGAGCUUAAAUCAAGAAUAAUUAUUCUUUGAAGGAAAAAGGGCACCUAGAUCCAUCAUGUGAAAAUGUAAUUGCUUGUUACACUUAACACCUUUUUAAAUUUUAAAGCUGUAUGUUUACUUAGGUUGUCUGUCUUGUAUUAUAUGUAAUCUUAUAUAAGAUCUGAAAUGAUCCAAUGUGACAAUUAUGCAAAAAUAGAGAUGAUUGAGAAUGGAAAUCCUUUUAACAGCACCAUAAAUGUAUACUUUUUUAAUUUCCUAACACUGUGGAUUCCCUUAAAUUUCUGUGUUAGGCUGGAUCAGUGGAAGGUCUGCGUGGAGUGACCUUGUAUUUUACAUAUUGAAUUUAUGUAACGAUUUUCACGCUUCACAUCGCCCUUUUUCUCGAGUACAUUAACAGUGUACUCUCUCCUCAGGCUUGGGCUGGAAGUAUUGUGGAUCAGGGACCAUGUGACUGUGUGUGUGAGUAAAAGUGGAUGAUUUUUAGCUGCGUAUUCUCAAGUUUGCAAAAUGAUGUCUUAAUCCCUAUAGCAAUAAAUACAUCCAUCAGUGUCCAGUCCACUGAUAUGUUUGAUCUAAGGCUAAUUUAAUGUUACAUAAUCGGCAUGAAACAUUCCUUCACCUUUCCAAAUGAAUUUGUUUACAUGAUUUUGUUUUUUUAACUGGAAUGCAAGAGCUGAGAUUUUGUUUUUCAAACUAAAUAAAUAUCAUUAUUUACAGAUGUCA